UUGGAUGUUUUUUAAUAACAAUGUGCAGGAUUACGAAUGAUAUAGAGCCUCUACAUUUUUUAAUUUUUUAGGUUAAUACAUUUAGGUUAUAAAAUAAACAAAUAGUAAGAAAUAAAAUCUAAAUGGGUGCGACAUCCUUGUUAGUGGUAUUAAGAAUAAAACCUUUGCUACGAGUGAAUUGUUAUUUGUCAAGUUUAUUAAAUAAUAAUUAUCAAGAACAAUUGGUAAGAGGAAAUCAAAAUAUUUUACGUUAUUGUAUGAAAGUUCCUAACACCGAGGGUAACGUACAUGAUUUUCCUAAAAAGAAAAAACCGAAAACAAUGAUUAUACCUAAAAUAACACUUUUAUUGUCAAAAGAUUCUAUGACAGUUAUAACUUUGGAGGAAGCACAAAAACUUGCAAAACGUCGGAAUUUAAUAUUAAUCAAAGUAGAUGAUGAACAGAAAUGUUCAUCUAAAGACACUUACAAACUUGUAGAACCAACGGAACAUUUGAAAGAGUCUAAAAUUAAAGAUAAAGGUGAUACAAAAAAUAAUGAUAUUAAAUCGAUAAAGCUCAUACAAUUAUCUGCUAAAAUAUCCAUGUAUGACACUGAGAUCAAAUUGAAAAACGUCAAUAGAUUGUUAAAAAAAAGGCAUAAGGUCAAAUUAAUCAUUAAUUAUGAUUCCGAAAUACCGGAUAAAAUAUUGAAAUACGUUGAGUCGUCUAUAAAACAACAUGGAACGAUACAAAAAUCUAUGCAAUCAUUGCGUGCAGUGCUUUUAAUUACUCCCAUAUUAAAUAAAAAUGACAAUACGAAUGAUAAUUCGCAUGAUAUAAAUGUGAACACGGAAGAAAAAUGACUAGUAAAUUCUAAUUGUAUAUAAAACGAGUAAACUAUUUGUCAAUAUUUUCAUUGUAAAUAUCAAAAUGUGCAAAUAUGUAUUAAUAGAUAUUAUUGAAAAUAAUUAACAUAAGUAUGCAAACAAAUACAAAAAAGUGAUAAAAUAAAAAGAUAGCAUGACAUGUUUUAAAUGAAAAUAUUGUAUUGAAAAUAACAUUACGAUGUGUUUAAUGAUUAAACAUUUUAUAUUGUUGUGCCGCAGAGAUAUUUUUUUGUGAUGGUAUGUAUUUGUCAUAGUUAUUUUUCUUUUCAGGGAUAUGUUAAUUUAAUUAUCCUUAACAAUGUAAUACUGUUACGGUUUAAAUUAAUUAAGAAUAUACAAUAGAUAGAAGCUAGAAAACGAAUAUUUGAACAGUUCCACAUAUAACUGAGUGAAAAGAUUUAUUACGGACAUUCUAAUGUCGUACAAUUUCUAAAUUCUACAAUUGUAGAACAAAGUCUACCAUUUGGACCACGAGAGGUUGAACUUCGAUAUUUCUUAUUCUAUAAUCCGACGUAAUUCCCCAAGUUCCAAAGGAACUUCAUUAUCGAGCAAGAUUGUACUUUACAAUCUACUGAAACUAAAAUAAUAUAAAGAUUAUUAAAUUUAUCAGAAAUUUAAUAUGAAUAUUAAAAGUAAUAGAAUUCAUGUAUCACGCGAUAUCAAUUUUGUCAAUCAAUUAUAACACUU